AUGCUCUACGAUGCUUGCGCCUCCGAGGCUGCAUUGUUGGGCAUCGACGCGGGGUCACUUAAUGGUGGAAGCCCCGGAGGCACGUGCAACCACCAAGUGGCUCUCAUAGCUUGCGACCAUGACGCAGACAACUACACAAUCUGGACCUGGGGGAUGAGGAAGUACCUGACGAGGGCAGACAUCUUCGAGCCUCGUUAUUCGUUGCAGGAUGCCGCCCAGAAGCUAGGGCUGUCCGAGGAACGCCUGGCGAACUACACGAGCAACGCCAGCGUGUUCGGCGGCAUGUUUUGCACGGCGAUCCUCUCGGACGAUAUCACGUUUGCGACGCUGUGA